AUGGAGAGCCUCCCUCUUCCUCUUGCAUUUGCCCUGCUUCUCCUCGCGGGAAGGAUGAGCCAGUACCACGUACUGGCGACACCCGAGAGGUAUUGGGCACAGGCAUUCCCCAACACUCUGAUGCCUGACAUCAUUCGUGCACGCCUUCGCCCCCUGCCAUCAGGACUACUACAUGUGGGUUCAAGCAACCGAGACCCCCGAUUCUUGUAUUCAGACUUCACAAAGGAGCAUCUGGAUCCUAGAGAGACCACCCUCUUCUUAGAGGAGGACCUCAAAGUAGGAAUGAACAAAAUUUUCCACUUUCGCAUGUCGGAUUUCAAUAAUGCCUCUCCAUUUCUUUCUCGUGAGGAUGCAAGCACUACACCUUUCUCGACUGUUGAGUUCCCCCGGAUCUUACACCGGUUCUCGUUGCCUCCUGUGUCUAGAGAGGCUCAAGAAGUGUGGGGAACCCUAACAUGGUGUGAAUCAUUAGAAGCCAAGGCCAAGUGUCUAACUUCUUUAGAGGCCAUGAUUAACUAUGCCAACUCCUCUACUAUGGGCCAUAACAUUACUAUGCUCCACACCAUCAUCAACAAUGCUUCUGUGGUCCAAGCAUACACUGUGAAGAAAGUGGAAAGAAAGGAUACGAAGCCUAGCUCAGCAGUGUGCCAUAACAUGCCCUAUCCCUUUGCUGUAUAUAGUUGCCACUAUAUUGGAGAGGGAAGAAUCUACAAGGUGAGUCUGGAAGGGGAAGAUGGGAGCAUGGUAGAAGCGAUUACGGCAUGCCAUCCAGAUUCUCUGAACUGGAUCCAAUGCCCAUAUUGGUAUCAAUCGCUUCCCGCAUAUGCGAAGCCGGAUCAUCAAAAUUAUUCUUGCCAUUUCUUACCUGAUACCCACAUUGUAUGGGCUUCUACUUAA